CUCCAAAAAAAAAAAAAGUACAAGGGUAAUGAUGAUUCCAAAACAACCUUAUUCCUUUCAUGGUACUGUUGUUACAUUGUAUUUCUUCUUCUUGCUUUCUUUCGUUCUACUCACUUUUGCUUCUCCUACACUCCACUUUUGCCGCCAUGACCAGAGAGAUGCUCUUUUGGAGUUCAAACACGAGUUUCCGGUAAAUUACAUGACUUCAUGGAACAAGAGCAGUGAUUGCUGUUCAUGGGAGGGUGUCACGUGCGAUGUUAGAUCUGGCCAGGUGAUUUCACUUUACUUUGAUAGUGUCUCUCUCAACAACACUUUGAAACCAAAUAGUGGCCUUUUCAAACUCCAAUAUCUCCAAAGCCUAACCCUUAGAGAUUGCAAUCUUUAUGGGGAGAUUCCUUUUUCAUUAGGAACCCUUUCUCAUCUCACCUAUCUUGACCUUUCACAAAAUGAAUUAGUUGGUCAAGUUCCAUCUUCAAUUGGCAACUUGACCCAACUAAGUUCCUUGAGCCUUACUAAUAACUACUUAAGUGGAAAAUUUCCUGUUUCAUUUGCCAAUUUAACGGAAUUGUCCACACUUCACCUCACUAAUAAUUACUUUGAAUCCGAGUUCCCAACUGACAUGAGUAGACUCCACAACUUGGAAUAUGUUUUGUUGAGUGGAAACUCAUUUUCCGGGCCUUUUCCUACAUCCUUGUUCACAAUUCCAUCGUUACAAGUGGUUUAUUUGAGGCGAAACCAGUUCAAGGGACCUGUAGAGUUUGGAAAUACAUCUUCAUCGUCUAGGCUUCAUGCUCUGUCCCUUGCUAGUAACAAUUUCGAUGGCCCAAUCCCUGAAUCUAUAUCCAAAUUUCUCAAUCUCAACAUCUUAGAUCUUAGCUAUCUCUCCCACAAUAAGUUGGAAGGCGAAGUACCAGGUUGCUUAUGGAGAUUGCAAUUGUUGAAGCUUCCUUACAACUCCUUUAGCAGUUUUGGAAAAUCACCAGAAGUUUUCGAUAGUACACAGAUGAAUGUGUUGAGUCUUAAAUCGAAUUCAUUCCGAGGACCAUUUCCCCAUUGGAUCUGCAAGCUUAGAUCGUUAGGUCUCUUAGAUUUUUCCAUCAAUAGCUUUAGUGGCUUGAUUCCCCCAUGUUUGAGGAAUAUCACUAAUCUUGAAAUGCUUAAUCUUGAAAACAACAACUUCAGUGGAACUCUAACAGAUAUGUUUGUCAAUGCUACCAAUUUAAAGACACUUGACGUUAGCUGGAAUCAGUUGGAGGGAAAACUUUCAAAAUCCUUGAUAAAUUGCAAAGCUAUGAAAGUUUUGAAUUUGGGAAGCAACAAAUUCAAGGACGAGUUUCCAUCUUGGUUGGGUUCUCUACCAUCGCUAAAUGUCCUCUUCCUUAGAUCAAAUCAAUUCUAUGGGCCGCUAUAUGACCGCCACGUCUCCAUUGGAUUUCAAAAUUUAAAAGUCAUUGAUAUCUCAAAAAAUGACUUCACUGGAACCCUCCCAGCUUUCUAUUUUUCCAGUUGGAGUGCCAUGGCCACAUCACAAUAUGAUAACGUGUACAUGGAAGAUUUCAUGGUGUAUGUUGCUUCCUACAGUAAUUCAAUGGAAAUUGUGCAUAAAGGAGUAGAUACAUCAUUUUCAGUGAUUCGAGAAGACUUCAUGUUCAUUGACUUCUCGGGAAACAAAUUUGGUGGAAAAAUCCCUGAAUCUAUUGGAUCGUUAAGGGCGUUGCGUCUACUCAACUUGUCAAGUAAUGUUUUCACAAGUGACAUACCUCAAUCAUUGGCAAAUCUGAAAAAUCUUGAGGCAUUAGACCUAUCCCGGAAUCAAUUGUCAGGUCAGAUUCCUCCAGAUCUUGGUACGCUCUCCUUUUUAUCAACGAUGAACUUCUCUCACAACAAUCUCGAAGGUCCAAUUCCACAAAGCACACAGUUUCAAAGCCAAAAUUGUUCUUCAUUCAUGGACAACCCCAAACUAUUCGGUCUCGAAGGAAUAUGUGGAAACCAUCUUGCCAAAAAUCCUGCACAACAUGAAUCGGAGGAAUUGUCGGAGUCUGAAGAACAAGUGAUUAAUUGGAUAGCUGCGGCAAUAGCGUACGGACCUGGUGUUUUUUGCGGAUUUGUGAUUGGACAGAUCUUCCUUAAGCAUGAGUGGUUCAUGGAAAAGUUUCGUAAAAACAAGCCCGGAGUUGUCAUCAGAAGUGCUCGUUGAACACCUUCACUUAUCUUUUGUCUAACCAUUGUCAAGCAUAUGUGUUUGUAAUAAUUUUUCACGGUGUAUUCUCAAAAAACUCUUGUAAGUUAUAAUUUUCUAUUUUAUGGUUUUGUAAUAAACCUCUUUGGUGGUAUUUAAUAUAUAUUGAGCA